AAAUUUGCAUUUAUCUGAACGGAAAAGCAUUGAUCAGAUGAUGUGACUAUUAUUUUUUGAGCAAUUUUUCGUUAUACCUGCUAUGUGUUUCAAAGUAUGUAUCACGUGUAACAAAAUCUGGCAGCAGCUUAACCGUAGUGUAUAGAAAAGAAAAUAAGGGUCCAGUAAAGCAACAACGGAACUCGUAGAGGCAGAAAGAAGAAAGCCAGCAAAACAGCGCAGUUCAACAUAAAUAUCAUAUACUAGUCCUACUGGUAGUGUGUGUCGCGGACAAGAUAGUAGGUAUUGGCAAAUGUGCUCCAACUUUCGAAAAAAGAAACGGGAGGAAUUGGAGGCUCAAAAAAAGUAGAAUGCAUGUAAAUUUUUAUAGAAAAAAUAUUUGUGGAUGAUAUUUGAAUAUUAAUUUAUCAGACUAGAGAAAUUGGAAAGGUGGACAGUGGAAGUUUAGUGCGCUAACAAGUCCCGUUGUGUGCAACGUUGACCGAAGCUAUGUAGUUUAUUAUUGCGAAAGUGACGAUCAAAUUCUGAUUGAUUGUAUAGGAUAUGAUACGAAACGAAGCAAGGGAAUCGACAAAUAGAAAAGGUCAUCCCAAAUAAUCCGCAAGUGUUUAUUGCUUAUUGCAAAGAGAAGAAUCCCGUCUGAUAAAGGUCGACAAUGUUCAAUUUUAUGAAGAAAGGUGUUGGAGUGAGUGACGACCGUGAUGAAAAAGAACGUCGCAAGCGCGAGAAGAAACUGCGGAAGGAAGGUAAAGGAACGGGUGUGUCUGGUAGCAUGAGUACCGAGGAGCUUCUGCGGCUGGACGAGGUGCGAAGAUCGCUAAAGAUACGGGGCCGCCGGAAAGAGAAGGAAAAGUUACCCAGCGGUAUCACCGCUGAUUACAGCGCUUCUUUCUUCGCCCAGCUCGAUGUCGAUCGUGAACCGGAGCAGGACCGGGGUACUGAGGAAGUUGUUGCUCUAGCAAAUACUACCACUUACAUCGACAGCAAUGGUGAAAUGGUCGAGCGGGUGUCAUUUACCACCGCAAACAUAUCACAGUCCGACAGUUCCGAAACGUCUAUGACUUCCGUCACUGUUAAUCAGACAAAAGUAUUACCGCCCGUCCCGCCCAGACCCCCGAAACGUGGAAUUUUGAAAGGAUCCCGACUGAACCUGAAUGAAUCUGCUGGUUCGGAUGGUGGUUGUUCGUAUACUUCAAUGUCCCCUGAUUCUAAAACAGUAUUAAUGAGAAAUACAAUACAAAACGAACGCAUAAACUAUUCGCAGCUACAAACGCGAUACUCAGCCGAAAAUCUUAGAUUUAUGGGAGAGAUGAGCCCCGGAACUACAAAUCAUUUGCACGUAACGACAUCGCCUUCUCCAAGCGCCGAUAGUCUCACGGAUACAACAAAUUCCUCAUUUGCCACUCCACCGUUCUCACUUAGUCCAGUGGGCGAGUCGCAAGGAUCAUUCCGUUGGUCCCGAGUACAAUUAUUUGAGGAUAUUAGUCUUCCACUGCCAGCGAUCAAGUUGGUGGAUCUGCCACCACCUCGAGAGUUAUUGAUUAAAAGACAGAAAACGCCUCGAAACGAUUUCGGUUUCAGUCUACGGAAAGCGAUGGUCCUAGAUCGGGCUUCUUCCUUGCUGUCUCCUUCAUUCCGCCCGGUUAUUUUUGCCGAGCCUAGCGCAAAUAGUAGUUCCUAUACUGGACUGCUUCCUGGCGAUCGUUUGCUGAAAGUGAAUGGUAUGUCCGUUGAAGAACUGUCUCGAGAAACAAUAAUCGAGCUGAUUCGUAAUAGUGGUGAUAGUGUUUUAGUACAGGUCCAACCAGUGGCCGAGUUAGUAGAACUUUCGCGUCGUUGUAUGACGGUCGUGAAUAAUGCAAAAGAUCGAACCGCUUCAGUGAAUGUAAUCGAAUGCAACACACUACGGCGAAGUGCUAGCAAACGGUUCAAAGCCGAGAUUAAAUCAAAUCAACUUCACGACACAGAUCGGGAAAACGGUCACGAAAGUAGCGAAAAAGUAUGGCUCAUCCACCGAGGCGGCUUUACGGCUGCUUCCAAACUACCGCACAGUAUUUCUUCGGAGCCGGGCAAAACAAUGCUGCAGCUCGAACACAACGGCGAGGAACUGAGUGUAGAUGACGAUGAUAUCGAACAGGCAAAUCCGGAAACACUGGACCUGGUGGAAGAUAUCUGCCAGCUACGACACUUGAACGAGGCAUCAAUGCUACACGUCCUCCGACAGCGAUAUGCCAGUAAUCUGAUCCAUACACGGGCUGGUCCGGUGUUGCUGGUGGUCAAUCCGAUGGCGCCUCUGUCGCUUUAUUCCGAAAAGGUGGUAUCGAUGUUCCGCGGGUGUAAAACAGAAGACAUGCCUCCGCAUGUGUUCUCCCUGGCACAAACUGCGUAUCGAGCGAUGCUAGAAACACGCCGAGACCAAAGUCUUAUUUUCAUGGGACGUUCCGGAUCGGGUAAAACUACCAGCUUCAAGCAUGCCUUGUAUUAUUUGGCAUUAGCGGCAGGUUCAGCCAACAAAAUAUUAUCGGCGGAGCGGGUGAGUGCAAUGAAUACGAUCCUGGAGGCGUUUGGAAAUGCGAAAACGUGUCUAAAUUCUAACGCGACUCGUUUCACGCAAAUUUUAAGCUUGGAUUUCGAUCACUGUGGUCAGAUUGCAUCGGCAUCGGUUCAAAUACUUUUGCUGGAAAAGUCUCGAGCAGGACGGCGGACUGCUAGUGAUCAGCACAACUUUCACGUUUUCGGUCGAUUACUGGCAGGAGCAGAGGGUCAUCUUCAAAAAGAACUCUUCUUGGAUACCAUCAACUUCGACGAGAGCAAUCUAUUCGUAACGCUACCAACUAAGCUGGAAGACAAACAAAAUGCUUCGAUAGAUUUCGCUCGUCUACAGCAGGCGUUCAGUAUGCUCAAUGUUGACCAGUCGGCUGUCAGAGCUUGUUGGUAUGUGCUGGCUGCAAUAUAUCAUUUGGGUACUGCAAACUGCUCGAUUGUUGGAACAGGUUUGAACGCCCGAGUGCAAUUUGCUAAUCCUACAGCUGCGCGUAAAGCUGCUAGUCUACUGGGGAUUUCGUUGGACGAUUUGACAACUGCCGCAUUUUCGAAUGCACUAAAGUCGAAUCCUGCCUCCCCUGUAAAAUCUGCAUUGUUUUCAGAGCAACCCGAUUUAGCUUCAUCCGCUUUGGAUAGUUUGGAAGGGUUUGUCAUUGGGCUGUAUUCGGAAGUAAUGGCCGCCGCAGUAGCAUUGGUUAACAAAGCUAUCGGCACCUCUAGUAACACGAUUGCGUCGAUUUUAUUGAUCGAUACACCUGGUUUUCAGAAUCCGGCAAGCUGUGGACAGCAAAUUGGCGCCACGUUAUCUGACUUAAGACAUAAUUAUCUGCAGGAACGUUUGCAACUAUUGUUCCACCACAUCACGUUAGUCGUACCGCGUAAUAGAUAUGCGCAGGAGCUGGUAGAAAUAGAUACUGGCAUAUUACACGAUACAAACCCCGGUCCGUUGGUAAACCUGCUCGAUAAGGCACCACAGAACCAUGUCGUUCGAACAUCACAGAACAACCUUCGAGAUCAAGAUAAAAGGGGUUUGUUGUGGAUGCUCGACGAAGAAAUUAUGUAUCCGAAUGCAAGUGACGAUACAUUUUUUGAGCGUUUAUUUUCUUGCUACGGUGAUCGUGAAAGUCAGUCAUACAUUAGAAGAGGUGCUGGAACACGCCAAUUCAUCUUGCAGCACAUGCAAGGAACUAACCCUGUAUUGUACAGCUCGACAGGAUGGUUAAAAGGGAGUCAUGAACAUGGUUCGACCAAAUGUGCAAUCAGUUUGCUGCAGGACAGUACUAAAACGGAGAUUAGCAGUCUUUUCACCAGCGGGUUUACGAGAAGUGGAGGAACAGUAUAUUUUGGGUCGAUCGUCGGUACCGAAGGUACACAAUCGUUGCGACGUGUUUCCAGCAUACGGCGCUCUUUUACGUCAGCCGGUAUCAAGCGUAAUUCCGUGAUGCUGCAGGUCAAAUUCACAGUUGAUGGCAUUAUAGAUACGCUAAGGCGUACCGGUACACAUUUUGUUCACUGUUAUCUGUUGCAACACAACGCCGGUACGACCAAUUACAUAAAUUUAAACACCAAAGCAUUACAUACUGAUGACAUAGUUAACGUACCGCUGUUAAGAAGUCAGUUACGCGGUUCACAAAUAUUGGACUUUUCGCGAUUACAUCGGCUCGGUUUUCCGAUGGGUAUGCCACUGUCUGAGUUCACUCGGCGCUUCGGUUUAUUAGCCGAUGGAACGCUUGGAGAUAUAACGGUAGAAAACAUUUUGAAUCACAACGAAAUUGAUCCGUCGGUUUACCGGAUCGGGCCUAGUCAGGUUCUGUUCCGUUCGGGAGUUCUCAAUCAGCUGGAGGCGAAGCGAGAUGAACUACUAUCGGGCCGUAUCAUUCAACUACAGGCAUACUGCCGUGGUCAUUUGGCCAGAAAACGGCUAGCGCAGAGACGAGUUCAGGAACUCGCGGUCAAAUGCAUCCAACGUAACGUACGAGCUUUUCUAAAAGUUCGUGAGUGGGCCUGGUGGAGAUUGUUAGUAAGGGUUACGCCUCUGUUGAAUGUGCAUCGUACCGAGGAGCAACUGAAGAUUGCGACCACCGAACUACAAGUGCUAAAGGCAAAGCUGGACAAAGUGGAAAGCGAACGGAACAACCUGAAGACGGAAAACUCCAAACUGGAAUUGCGAUUAUCAGAUAUGACGGCUGAGCUAGCAGAGGAACACUCGUCGUCCAACGUAAUUAGCGAGCGCCUGGAUGCGGAAACUACUGAAAGACUGAGACUCGAGAAGGAAGUGAAGGAGCAUGAAACCAAGUACCGCAACCUGCAGGAAUCAUCCGAGAAGCUUGAAAUGGAGCUGCUGUGCGCAAAGUCAGAUCUGAACGGUGAUCUGGACGAUGACCUCGAAGGGGAUGACGCUGGCAGCAACGCCUAUAGGCUCAAGUAUGAGCGUGUGGCACGAGAGCUGGAAUUCACGAAAAAACGCCUGCAGACACAACACGAGCAUGAUCUGGAACAGCUGAUCGGUUUGAAAAAGCAAUUGGAGAAAAAGCUGGCCGAUGCCUAUGAGGAAGUCGAAGAGCAACGACAGGUAGUUGGCCAGUGGAAGCGUAAGGCGCAGAAAAUGACCAACGAAAUGAAUGACUUGCGAAUGCUACUCGAAGAGCAAAACAGUCGUAACAAUUUGCUUGAGAAGCGCCAGCGUAAGUUUGACUCAGAGUGUCAAGCGUUACAGGAUUCGGCUCGACAGGAGAAACAGGCGAAAGAGCGUCUCACACGUGAAAAAGAUGUUCUCAUCGCCGAAAAAUUCACCAUAGAGCAGACGUUAUCGGACGUUCGGUUAGAACUUGAACUUAAGGAAGAGAAGUAUAGUGCACUGCAGCGAGAAUUGGACGAGAUGACGUUCGGAGGUGGAACCGAGGAAGAGAUAGCUCAACUUAAACGCCAGAAAAUGGAACUGGAUCGACGUUGUAAGGAACAGGAAGAGGAGCUGGAUGAAAUGGCCGGACAAAUACAGCUACUCGAACAGGCAAAACUGCGUCUGGAAAUGUCUCUGGAAACGAUGCGUAAGGGUGCUCGGAAGGAAUCCCAACAGCGGGAUGAAGAGCUUGAAGAAGUUCGCGGUAGUUCGUAUAAGAAAAUCAAAACACUCGAAUGCCAGCUGGAGCAGGAACACGAGGAGCGUACUCUGCUGCUUCGAGAGAAGCAUGAACUGGAGCGGCGUCUCAACAACCUCGAAGAGCACGACCGAUCCGAACGGGCAGCUGAGGAGGCUGCCAGCCAGAAAUUGAAGCGUGAUCUCAGGAAGUACAAAGCCUUACUCCGUGAUGCACAAACUCAACUGGAACGUGCUAAGGCCGAUUCCGCUGGUAAGGCGCUCAUUCGCCAGCUUCGGAAUCAACUGGAGGAUGCAGAAUCUGCCCGGUCCGCCGCGGUUAAAGCGCGGCAAGCAGCGGAAGGGGAAUUGCAGGAUGUUCAGCUAAUGCUGGAGGAAGCUCAACGCGCUCGAUAUGACGCUGAAGAUAAAGCCACAUCCGCCCAGCGUGAUCGAACCGAAUUGCAGGCGCAGAUCGACGAGAACGAGGAGGAAAUGGCUGAACUAAUGAAGAAAUAUAGUUCCACCGUCAAACAAUUGAGCUCCGAACAGACAAUCAUAGCAGAUAACGAGUUUAAAAUUUCCGAACUCGAGUCAGAGAAGAAAUCGUUGAAAGAACAGAUUUUCGAAUUGACGUCUCGGUUGGAAAAUGUGGAAAAUAUUGGAGAUUCAUCAUCCAGCAUACAGUUCAAGCGGCUUGAGCUGCGUACCAAAGAGAUUGAAUCACGACUAGAACUGGAACAGGCUAAUCGUGCUCGAACGGAGGUUCAGUUACAGCGACAUAAGGAUUCGUUGGAAAAAGCACAACAUGAGGUAAGUCAAACGCGCACUAAGGAAAUGCACGCGCAAGAAGCACUCAAAAAGUCGCAGAAAACAAUACGUGAAUUGCGCGAGGAGCUGCAUAUUAUUGCUAACAAGGAGCAAGAAAGUUUAGCCAAACGAAAAGAUCUCGAGAAGCGACUGGAAUCAGUUGAGGCGGAAGCUGCUUCGGCGCGAGCUGAUCUCCGACUAGCAUUGCAACGAAUCGCUGAUUUACAGCAAGCGAUGGAGGAAGGUGACUCCUAUCAUUCCGACAGUGAAAACAGUGACAGUUCGAUCGAUUCUGUGGGCGAAAUGAGCUACCGCAGUCCUAGCAGCGUUACGUUGCGGGCAAGAUCUGGUCAGUCAAAUGGCACCAGCACCAAUGGAAGUAGCACAACUUUGUGUAUUCGCGAAGAAAAAGAAAACACACCACGGAUCAGACCAAAAUUCAAUUUAAUUGGUCUUAGAAGAAGGCGUCUUCCAUUCACCAUCCACGAAGAGGACGAGGACGAAUCAGCUCUUACCACUACUCUCGGAAAGGCGGAGAACGAUGUUAGUGAUGGAAUAGACAAUUGUAUUGAAUCUAUCAAGAGAACCAUCGGGGAUGGCUCUGAAUCAGGGUUGGAACAGUCUGCGGGGCCGAGCUCAACCCUGACAGAUAGUCCUAAAUAUACUGGCGCUAUUAAGAAAACAAUCAACAUUACAGUAAAAAGUUUAAAAUGUAACGAACCACAAAAGAAAUCUCAGUCCAGUCUAAACGAAAUGAGAACGAAAGUCGAUGGUGAAUCCAACAACGUGUCAUCAAAAAUGUGCACAGAUGCAAAUAACAACUUAUCUGAAAACGUGUUUUCAAAGCAUGUGCAAUCAAUAUCUGACCCCAAUGUAGCAAGCGAUUUGAUGGAUACAUCCGUUGUGUUAGCCAAUCAGAUUCAGAACGAUUCUCGGUUCGAUUUAGAUGCUCUUAAAUCGAUCAAGGAGAAAAUUAAAAAUUUAAAUCGUAGCUUAAAAGAGGAAGCCGCGCAGGAACGCUGCUCAAGAUUCGAAUUUCCGCCACUCUCUACGAAACCAGAUGUGCUAGUAACGGAAGAACCCUCAAUUAAUAAAGAUGUUACCAAGCUGGAUCAACUAGAAGCCCAAUUGAACUUAGAUGGGAUUCGAUCAAUGAAGGAGAAGAUUCAGAAUCUGAAGAAAAAACUGCAGGAAGAUUCAACUUCUACCAUGACAGCGAACAAAGAGGACAUCAUCAAUGAGAUAAGUGAGAUGAAAAAAGCACUAACGGUUGCAUUUUUGAACAAAGGCUGUGAAAGAAGAUCGCUAAGUCGAUCUUCUUCUGAAAGAGAUGACAGCUCGACAUCAAGUUUUAAAAGAGAAGAUAAUUCGUUGCACAGUUUGAAAAGCGAUCAAAAUUCCUCAUCGAGUUUGAAAUCAGUUGAUAGUUCAAAUUUGGACCUCAAGCAGGCGAAGGAACUCACCAAACCGCCAGCAGUUAAUAAGUUAGCGCCUGCACAUGAAGAAAUAAACAAUUUAUCUCCAACGUCUUACUCUGGAAGCAUGGAUAGUGGACCAAUGCGCGUGUCUUCGUUAAACCAAGUUUCUAACAGCGAAAUCAAAAGGGACCCAUUUGCAUUUGCCACCAUCGAUAACGUCGUUGAACGUAAGUUGAUGGUAAUAGGUAACGAUCAAUCUGCAACUGUACAUAAUUCACCGUCGACGAUUUCAUGUGCUGUGAACAAAGUAUUGCUAGAAGUCGAUAGUAGUGAUGAAGCAUUGAAAAUUGAAUCUGCCAUACAGCCCGAAGCUGAUUCCAGAUAUAUAAUUUCUGCAGACUAUAAUCCUGUAAACGAUGAUAUAAAUGUUAGGUCUAAGAAUGAUGAACCAAAUGUUAAGACCACAACAGAAGGAAAAUGCACAAUGGAGGCCGAGCUGCAUCAAUUAGAUAUUAAUAUAAUAUCUGAAAGAAAUGUUGGAAAGUCUACUAUUAAUACCAUAAUUGAAGAUACAGAUUCACCUCAAUCACAGUCUACAAUAUUUUCUAAUGCAACAUUGCCAUUCGAAAGCGCUCAACGGAAUGACCUGUUGAAUUCAAUGAUGGUUCAUCGGAUGCCCAUUGUUAGUCCACUGCAGUCAAUAGUGCUUGAAAACAAGUUGGAAAACACACAGCUGAACAGUAGUUUUGAAUUGGAGUUAGUUAAACAGAUCGAUGUAUACGACCAAAAUUUAAUCAUUGAUGAACAUACACAAGAAAGUGAAAAAGUAUUUCCAAUCAAUCAGGAAGAGUAUAUCGAUGAUACCACGACUGAAUCUAUCGGGGUAGUUGAACGUCAUCAACAUGAGGUUGUAAAGGACGGCGAAUCAUUGACAAAUCCUGAAAAGAACGUGUCAUAUAAGUGUGAUGAACCUUCUGAUGUUGAGUCACCUUAUUCAACCGACAUUGUCGAACGAAUGGAGUCAACAGACAAAGAACAUUUGCAGGUUCAAACUAACAGCUGUUUUAAAACUAAGGAUUGUCGAUGUGAAAACAUAGAUCAAACAAUUGAAAUGUUGGUCACGUCAAUGGAGCAGAGUAGUCCAAGUCAAUCCCUGUCGAAACCUUGUAUACAAUCAUCUAUUGAUAUGAAUAGUGAUACUAACGAUGAUAUUAAAUCGACCAUGACGACUCUGUCUGAAGACAUAGAUAUUUUGCCGAAUAUCAAUUUGACUUCAGCAGAUAAACAUUUGGCUGAUAUGACGAUUCUCACCCCAGUUUCAACGAUUGACGUAUCGGAACAAUACACGCCGGUGUCGCUUUCCAAUAUUGAUGGAAACAAUAAUGAAACAAAUUGGAUUGCCAAUAGUGAGAAUGAAUAUAUUGAUCCUGAAGAAAAUACAAAAUCAAACCAAACAUCCCAACAAGCUACUUUGACAGAAUUCGUAGCUAAAAACAAUAUUUUCUCUGACUUGGCAAAUGGGGAUUUCGUCGAAACAACGACUCUGCAAACACCACACAAAAAGGUAGAUGAAUCAUCCUUACCCAUCAAUGAUCCAAUCGAAGACAUACCGAAUCAAGUAAGUGAGCGCGCUUUAGCAAUAGAUUCAUCGGUAUUGCUCAAUGAAUGUUCUUCUCGUUCUGUUAUUCCGUUACACGCUAUCGUAGUGUCAACUGAUGUAAUGACUGAUACACUAGUAUCUACACCAGCUUCCAGUUCAUCUAAAUCAGGCAACUUGGGCCAACAACAAAAACCUCUUUCCUAUGCAGAAAGCCUGAAGAAAGCUCGAUCACCUCCGAAAUCUUGCCCUCAACAUAUGACACGAUCGUCCGCUUUGGCGGAGGCUAAACAAGCUUGUAAGACCGAGCCUGCCGCUAAAACUAACAGAAAACCCCAACAUCAGAGCAUCCAUCAACGUGAAAGACACUCAAGUCUCGCCAGGGGAGGAAAUAAUCCCAGUAAAGACAUUAGACAAAGCAAAUCUGCUUCCAAGCUUAACUCAAAAGAGAUUUCUCUGCCAAAUGGUAAACCCACAGAACUGAAGCAAAGUAAAUCGGUAGCCCAAGAACAACAAAACAUUUCUCUGGCGAGAAAGAAAAAUAACAGAUCCAAUCCAAAUUUGUUGGUAGAUAAAAAAUUUUCAAUAUCAAACAAUGGAAACGGAAUAAAACUUGAGCAACCAGAGCGGAAUCGACAUCGUACGCAGGCUGUAAACAACAAAAAGAAGUAGGAACUACAUCCCAGUAUCACUAGAUUUUUCUAUCGGGAUUUCUCGGCAGCAAAAAGAAAAUGUCCCUCAACCAGGUCCCUCCCCAGUGUCGUUUCUAGAGCUUCAGCGCCGAUUUGGAGACCCAGUGGCGUUCCUUUCUACACCCGUCCCGCCGUUGCACGCAAGGGGCAAAGUGUUUGCGAGCUGGUUGUCC